AUGUCUUCUACUUUGAUCGCCCUCAGCACUCUUCUUGGUCUGGCUGCCGCUAGCAUAAAGUCAUGUCCUGCAAAUGCACCAAUCAGUUGUCAGACCAGCGGUACCAUUCAGAACACGUGCUGUACUGAGGUUCAGGGUCAAAUUUUGCAGACUCAAUUCUGGGACUCGAGCCCUGCCACUGGUCCUGCGAACAGUUUCACGAUACACGGACUGUGGCCUGAUAAUUGCGAUGGCACCUACGAGGCUACUUGCGACAGCUCAAGAGCUUACACAGACAUCGACUGCAUCCUCCAAAACAAGGGUCAUGGCGAUAUAUUGUCAUACAUGGAGACUUACUGGAAGGACUACCAAGGUGACGACGAGUCGUUCUGGGAGCACGAAUGGAGCAAGCACGGAACAUGCUAUUCAACCUUGAACCCUAGCUGCUACACAAACUACCAGCCGGAGGACGAGCUUGUUGACUUCCUCAACACUACCAUUACCUUGUUCAAAAAGCUACCCACCUAUGACUGGCUUGCUUCUGCAGGAAUCACUCCUAGCUCCAGCAAGACCUACACCAAUGCUCAGAUCACCAACGCACUCAAGUCCAAGUUCGGAGCUACUCCCAUUCUGUCUUGCACCAGUGGGAAGCUUAAUCAGGUUGAAUAUGUCUUCAACGUUCGUGGCAGCGUGGCCAAUGGUCAGUUCAUCGCUGUGAACCCUACCGGAACAAAGGGCAACUGCCCUACCAGCGGUAUCAAGUGGCUGCCCAAGGACCUUAGCACUACGCCCGAAGCCAACGAGGGUAGCUGUUCCUAA